AUGGGCAACAAAUUGAGCUGUUCGUGUGCUCCAUUGAUGCGCAAGGCUUAUCGCUAUGAGGAUUCACCCUGGCAGAGUUCUCGUCGUCGCGAUGGACAUCUAUUGAGUUCGUUCAGGUUGUGGGCUGAGGUCUUUCACGUAUCGGCAAGCGGCGCCGGCACCGUCAAGUGGCAACAAGUGUCCGAAGAUUUGGUUCCUGUCAACAUCACAUGCAUUCAGGAUUCGCCCGAGUGCAUCUUCCACAUCACCGCCUACAACAGUCAGGUGGACAAGAUACUCGACGUGCGACUUGUGCAGCCAGGCACACGCAUUGGACAGGCAUCGGAAUGCUUUGUUUACUGGAAGGAUCCAAUGACUAACGAUACUUGGGGCUUGAACUUUACAUCGCCCAUCGAUGCCAAACAGUUCCGAGAAUGCUGUUCGCCUUCUUUCAAAUUUUCACGAAAGGCCUCGUCGAGCUACUCCCUGAAAUUGGAUCCGCCGGGCAAGGGCAAGGUGAAGGCCAAGCGAAAGCCGCUCAGCACCCCCGCGUCGCCGUCUCGGGUGCGCCAAGAGCCCCAAUGCACCUGCAUGUCCGCCGAGCAGUAUGCGCGCCUGAGAACCGAUCCACGUGUUAGAGGUUCAUCCACGUUGCCGCGUAAUGUCGGCUCCCACAGAAUCACCGAUGUCGAUGGUCAGCAGCAGGGCAAAGUUGUAAGCGCCGUGAGCAGCACCUCACUCUACGACAAUGUCGCCAGUGGUGGCCCAUCCCAAGCAGGCGAUACCCUACAACGUCAGCUCAAGGGCCAAGAUGGCGCCAUGGUGGCCAAUGCGGGUGUGAACACCAAUACGCCGGGUGUGAUUGUGACUGGCGUCGGCAGCGGUUCAGAUAUGUGCACACAGAAUCAUGUGGGCUCGCAGGUGGGCCAAGACGAUGGCGGUGCCUGUCAGAUGGACAUGGAUCUGUCGAAGAGCGAGGGCACCCAGGUGGGCGGUGGACUGCAUCAGAGUGUGGGCACCUCCACCAAAUCGACGGGCACACGCAGCAAGGAUUUCAACGAAGAUAUGACACGCGAUGCGCAUUCGCACGACAUGCACCACCAGCACAACGUAAUCAACAACAACACACGACGCAAGACCAAGAGCACCGAGGACAUGAACGUCGAUACGAGCACACUGAAGCGCAUGCUAAAGCCGAUGCCCAGCACCGAGAGCCCCGUCACCUCGCCGGAGAUGGGCCGACGUCGCUACAACUAUUACAACGCGAAUACGGCUCAAACACUGGGCCCCCAGCACAUGCAUCAGCAUGCCAUGAACAUGGCCAUGGGCGGUGGUGGCGGCGGUGGAGGUGGCCAUCAUGUCAUGAACAACAAUACAUUGGGACGCGGCAGUGGCGGCGGCGGCGGCAGUCAGUCGUCGCGCUUCUCCGGCUCGAGAUCUUCGCAUGAAAUUGGACGUGGUUAUCCGCCGCGUAAUCUAUACUUGGAGCUGGAACGUGAGCGCGAACGUAGCUGCAUUGAGGGUUCACCGCCCUCGGAUAACGUCAUGUUUGAUAAUCAAUGUUAUGCCACAACGCCAAGCUCGAGCAACGGCAAUUCCGAUCAGGAUCAAUCGUAUGGCCAACAGCAGCCGCAACAGCAAUCGUCUCAGCAACAACAACAGCAGCAGCAACAGCAUCAGCCGCAUCCCCAACAACGUUCGUCGCGGCAUCAACACCAUCAGCAUCAGCAGGCACCGAAUGUGACACCGACGCCGGGCAGCCCAACUUCCCGCUUGUUGAUGGAGUACGAGAUGCAUCUGCGCAACACGUUGGCCAAGGGCAUGGAUGCCGAAUCCUACAGCUUGCACACCUUUGAGGCUUUGCUCUCGCAGAGCAUGGAGAAUCUGGAAUUCGCUGAAAGCCUACCAGGAUCAACACAGCGCAGCCCAUAUCCACUACGUAGGCCCAAUGCCAAAUCCUCCACUUUGCCGUUGCCCCCACAUCGUCCGUUGUCUACCAUACGCGAUAAGGAGCGUGAUCGUGAUCGUGAUGGAUACUACAGCGAUCGUAAUGAGUUAAUACGCGAGCGAGAGCGUGAACGAGAUCGUGGCUAUCUAUCCGAUCACAAUGCUAGCUUUUCCAAUUCCCGUUGCGCCAGCUGCAUUGGCGAAUCGGCACGCGCUCAAUGGUUCCGUCACUCGGAUGGCUGGCGCUCGGGCAGCUCGACAAUUGGUUCUGGUUCCGGUCACGGCAUGAUGACGCAACAAGUGCCCGGCUCGGGACACAAGCGUUCGCCCUGGGACUCGUUGCCAUCGCUGCGUCAGGACAGCAGCCUCAAUGAUUCUGGUUAUAAGAGUGCUCGUGCUGAUUCCCUAGAACAACGUGCGGAAUUUAUUAGACAAGACAGCUUGCGAUCUGAGUAUCUAAGUGAUCGUGAAUCACGCUACGGAAUUGUACAACAAGCCUCCAUCGAGAGCACCGAUUCGCGCAUGUGUUAUCUCACAUCAUCCGAGAUUUCGGACGAUGAUCGAAUGAGCCUAACUACUGCCGUUUCGGAUGAAGAUGAUGGCGAAAGUGUCAUGGCGUCACCAUAUAAAGCAAAGGCCACUGGCACCGCUGCAUCCUCCUUCAAUUGCACAGGCGCUGUCCGCAAAGCUGGCUUUCUAUCGGUAAAGAAAUGGUUACUACGCAAGAAGCAUCAAAUCGAGCUGGCUCGCAAGCGCGGCUGGAAGGGCUAUUGGGUGUGCCUGAAGGGGACAACAUUGCUCUUCUAUCCGUGCGAUUCGCGAGAGGGUCGCAGCGUCGAGGCGGCGCCCAAGCAUUUAAUUAUUGUCGAUGGGGCAAUUAUGCAGCCGAUACCGGAGCAUCCGAAGCGCGAUUACAUAUUCUGUCUGAGCACCGCGUUCGGUGAUGCCUAUCUCUUCCAGGCGCCUUGUCAGGUGGAGCUGGAGAAUUGGGUGAAUAGCAUACACAGCGCCUGUGCCGCCGCAUUUGCACGUCAUCGCGGUAAAACGGGCACACUGCAUCUGCUGCAGGAGGAGAUCUUUCGCCUGGAGAAGGCCAUUGAAUCGGAUCACAAGCUGAAGCACAUGGCUGAGCUGCAGCAAUCAGUUGUCACCGAUCAGGAGACACGCCAUCAGAUACAGACACAGAUACUACAAUGGGAGGAGAACCUCGAGCGCUUGCACUGCGAACAGUUUCGACUACGCUGCUAUAUGGCCUCGCUGCAGAGCGGCGAGUUGCCCAAUCCAAAGUCGCUGCUCACACAUGUGUCACGUCCCACGAAGAACACUUUAAACAAGCUGGGAGUUUUUACGGUCUCCUCGUUCCAUGCCUUCAUCUGUGCCCGGUCGCCAUCGCUGCUCAAUAAUCUGUUGGCUGGACGUGGUGCCACCAAGCGUCGACCACCGAUGUUGUCGCGCUCGAAUAGCGGCUCCAGUCGUCGCUCCAUGCAGAUGAAUUCACGUGACGAGCCGGAAAAAACCUUCAAAGUUGCAAUGCCCGACAAUGCUUACUCGACAGUUUAUCUACGUGACGCGAUGUCUGUGGAGGAAUUCCUUGCCAGCGCCUGCGCCCGUCGCAGCCUCAAUCCCAUGGAGCACUUUGUGCGCGUCAAGAAGCGACGUGACAUGGAGGAUCACAAUUACUUUGUGCCACAUCGCAAUGAUCUGAUUGAAAAUUAUCUACAUAAUCACGAGUUUGUCGAGGUCUGCAUGAAAAUACUGUACCAGGUGGAGUUGCAACGCACCACGUUGGAACAAAUGUGGGGCUUCUCCGUGGAGGCGGAGCUGAUCGAGAACGCGGAGCGACAGGACGAACUCUGCUGCUAUGUGAGCCGCGUCGAGGACAAGAGCGUUGCCAUGCAUAAUGGCAUUAUCAAAGGAGACGAAAUAAUGGUCAUCAAUGGUGCGAUUGUAUCUGAUCUAGAUAUGAUGUACUUAGAGAGCGUCCUGCAGGAGGAGCAAUCCCUCAGCAUGAUGAUGCGCUCGUCGCGCACCGAACCCCCAGAUCUAGUGGGCAUCAUGCGUGUCACGGAUGACAUGAUUGACUCCCUGGUGUGCCCGCCGCCGCCAACUGAUCCGCCGGUGAUGAGCGAGGAGAUGAUAACUGGACUGAUUGUGCCAGCGCCCGGUUGGAAUGGCACUGGCAAGGAUUUGUAUUCACCGGAGGCGGAAAGUUCGCCGGCGCCCUCAUUUGUGGAGCCAACAGUAUCGCAAUUGGCUGUGGGUGCUGGCGGUGUCUCGGGACUGGGCGUGGCCAAGCCCACAUCGCGCACCAGCAGCUUUGAAAUUGAGAAUCUGCUCAAGACCGCGGAGCAAGAAACGCGCAAAUCGAGCCCCACGGGUUCAGUCACAUCGUCGGUCUCGACCACAGCGCUGACACCGUCACGCCAGCUGACCGAUGCGGAGAAGCUGCGCAAAGUCAUCAUGGAACUGGUGGACACGGAGCGUACCUAUGUGAAGCACUUGAACAAUCUACUGGAACACUAUCUGGAGCCCAUGAAACGGGAAACAUUUCUAUCGAAUGCGGAAAUCAAUGCACUCUUUGGCAACAUACACGAAAUUGUCACAUUCCAGCGACAGUUUCUGCAGAAUCUCGAAGAGGCGCUCGAACUUGAGCCCGAGUUCAACAAAUUUGAGCAUUGCGGUCAAUUUAGGAAUGUGCUGUUUGCGAUUGGAUCCGCUUUUCUCUAUUAUGUCAAUCACUUCAAGCUCUACUCCUCGUUCUGUGCCAGUCACAGCAAGGCGCAAAAGGUUCUGCAUCCAAAUGAGGGCAACCAUGCACUGCAGGAGUUCCUGGCUGCGCGCAAUCCCAAGCAACAGCACAGCAGCACCUUGGAAUCGUAUCUGAUCAAACCCAUUCAACGCAUCCUCAAGUAUCCAUUACUGCUGCAGCAGAUGCGCAAUCUGACAGACACUCGGGCCGACGAGCACGUUCAUCUAUGCGAGGCACUCAAGGGCAUGGAAAAGGUGGCGGAGCAUAUCAAUGAAAUGCAGCGCAUUCAUGAGGAGUAUGGCGCCAUAUUCGAUCAUCUGUUCCGGCAGCAUCAGAAGUCAUGCAAGCAGCCCAUCGAUUUGAGUCCAGGCGAUUUGCUCUACUACGGCGGCGUCGAGUGGCUCAACAUCUCUGAUUUUCUCGGCAAGAUCAAGAAGGGCCUGGAGCUGCAUGCCAUGUGCUUUGUCUUCAAAUCGGCCGUUGUCUUUCUCUGCAAGGAGCGUUUGCGUCAGAAGAAGAAGCUAAUGGGUGUCUCGAGCAAGAAUGCUCCCAAUGAGGUAGAGAUCAUACGCUACCAGGUGCUCAUCCCAGUCACCGAGGUGCAAGUGCGCGCGAGUUCGGCCAAGGACAUGGACUCGCACUUCCUGUGGGAGCUAAUACACUUGCGCUCGCAGCUGCAGCGUCGCUCCGAGAAGGUCUAUGUGCUGUCCAACAGCACCGCCGACUUCCGCAAUGCAUUCCUCAAGACGAUCCGACAGAUUAUACGCGAAAGCGUGCGCAACAUGUCAAUUCCCAUGAAGAACUUUGGCGGCAGCUCUGGCUCCGUGUCUGGACUCUCUUCGCAGCUGGGCGGCUAUGCGGGCAACUCACAGACUCUCGAAAGACCCAAGCAACAGAUUACCAUUGUGCAUGGUUCGCAUACGCUAGGCAAGCCGAAGAAAAAGUCGGGUUCGCAGCGUCACUCGGCGGGCAACAUCGAUUACGACAAUCUGUCGGGCAGCCAGGAGGGCGAUGAUCUGCCCCCCACUGUGGGCGUGGUCCACUAUGCCCCGCACACACAGCAGCAGCAACAGCAACCAGGUGGCAACGGUGGCGGCUUUCGCGGUCGCAGCAAGACCCUCGGCGAUGUCACAGAUAUCAUUCAAUCCCCCGUAGAUUCGCAGCAGCCACCACAUCAAAUGCAGCAGCAACAACAGCAGCAACAGGCAGCUGCUCCGCAUCAGCACCCACAUCCACAUCCCCAUCCACGUGAACCGCCGCCACCGCCGAUCAGGCAGCCGCAUCUGCAUCAUCACAGCACGGACAUUGAACGCAUCGAUCCGGGCACCAAGUCGGAGGGUGAGGAAGAUUCGCAGCAGGGCACAAUCAGGCCCAAGGCCACGCUGGGCCGCACGCCCAAUCACCUGACGCUGAGCACCACAUCGACGCUCUCAGUGGGCAGCACUGGCAGCCAGGCGCGCUUGAUACAAUCAUCACAUCCGCCAGCCAGCUAUCAACCGGUGCUGAUGAAGGAUCUAGGUAAGAGCAGCGAGUCCGAAAUUGAAUCGGAAUCCGAGGCGCAUGCCGCCCAAGUGGCAGCCACAUUUAAUCUAAGUCUAGGCAGUAGCGGUAGCUUGUUUGCCACCACCACAACCAUUACCACAGUCAGUAGCGAUCCCGAUCCCUAUCCUUUGUCCCUCACCCAAACACAGACCCAGUCACUGAGCCAAACCCUGCGGCACUUGUCGCCACGCCAAUCGCCACGACAGUCGCCCAAGCAAGAGAUCGAAGUAAUUGAGAUCUUCGAAAGCGAGGCGGAACGCAAUGCGGCAUCUCAGCAGGUGGCUGUUGUGCAUCAACAUCCCUCAGGUUCCCGCGACUCCCAACACAAGAGACGGGAACGCGAACGAGACUCAAGCAGCAGCUCGGGCUGCUCGGAGCAUGUUGCCGAAUCGGAUGCCACCUCACGCUACAUGGACAAGCACCUAAGCGAUCUGGAGCAAGAGAAUCUGGCAGCGGGCACUUGUGACAUUGCCGCUUACAUGGCCAGCCUUCGGGAGAAAUCUUUCGACGCGGCUGACAUUGCCGAAGAAGCCGCAGAUCAGCAGCAAAACGACUCGAGUCUGUCGCCCGAGCCACAGACCAUUGUGGAGAACACACAGCAGACUGUCACCGUGGACAUUGAAUCGCCCUCACGUCCGGCCACCGAAUCGGACAGUACAGGAAAUACCACAGGACCUUCGGAGCGUUCGGGUGAUGAGACAGAGGACGAACCAACAAGCUCGCUAGCGUCGCACAUUGUGGUCAUCGACAAAAAAGUGGACAAGGUGUUCAAAGCCAAGUCGCCAGAGCGCGGAACGGCAGCUGCAGCAACUGCAACUGGCGCAGUCAAAUCAAAGAGCAGCAAGCGACAAAGCAUCUACAUAUCCCCAGACCGUUGCAAGUCCCAAGGUAGUUCCCCGGUGCGCAUUAUCAAGAUCAAAUCACCCAGGAGCAGCGUUAGUGAGCAGGGAAAGCGGCUGAGCAUUUGCUCGAGUCGUGACAACUCGCAAGAUCGUCUGUCCGCUGGACGACGCACACCGAGUCCACGUCGCAGCUCCGAGGGUGGCGGCGGCAUAUUGAAGCACACAAAUACCGGCGGUGGCAUCUUGAAGCCACCCGCAAGUCCGGCGAAGUCAAAGAGUCCCGAUCGCAGCUGCCUGAAGAAGGGCGGACCUUCGCACGUCUGCAGCGCGGAGCCAACUACAGCAGCGACCUCGCUAUCGCCACGAAUCUCGCCCCGAAGCAGCGUGGAUCACUUGUCCCCAGAUCGUGCCAGCAUCUGUCAGCGUCACUCGCCGCGAAGCAGCUUCGAUAGCCGCGACGGUGGCUCCGAUCACAACCUGGAUGUACCCUACGGUGGCUCGAGGAAACGCAGCAUGUCAGCCCACGGCAGCUUCGAGACGGGCCACAAGCCUCACGCCCAGGAAACAUAUCAAUACUAUCCGGUCUACGACAAUCAGACCUGCAGUGAUCACUAUGUGGCCGCCGCACCCACAACCAGUCGUUAUGGCGGCUCCGGUAAUGGACGUAGUCGCUUGAGCAAGUCCCUAGAACGUUCGACCUCUAGGGACAGCACCACAAGUAGCUCCUAUCGUGCCUAUGGCGUCUCCCCCGAACGCAGCUACGUCGUCUAUAGCUCCGGACCUUUGCGUUCCCAGUCGGCAGAGAACACUUUCUCUCAGCCUAUUUACGAUGCGUUACCCCGACAGGCGCCACAGCAAUACAUGCCGAUGACAAUGCCCAUGGUCAGCUACAUGCAGGAGAUGGACAUGGAUAUGGAAAUGGGCUAUGGACCACCGCCCAGCUGUCCACAUGAGCCGGCCGGGCAGUCGUCGUACCAGCUGAGUUCCUCGGCACCUGAGUACACCACAUGCAUUGACUGUCUGUAUCAGAAGCGACCCUCCUAGCAUAAGUCCCGCGUGCGGCAAAGUCGCACGCGGAAGAAGACACCACGUGGCAUGAGUGGCAUGCCAGGAAUGGGAGGAAUGACAGGAAUGACGGGCAUGGGCAACAUGGUGGUCAGCACACAGCCGACAGCAAGCGGCGGCAUGGGCUACAUGCCAGACAUGGGCGGUGAUCAAGGCGGCUGCGUUGAUUGUCACGAUUACUUCGAGAUACAUGUCUAAGCUAAGGGAAGAAAGUGAAUGAUAAGGAGUACGAGAAACUGAGACGGAAACAGGGAUUUUAUGAGACAGUUGAAUUAACCAAAGAUAAAAGCAACCAAACAAAAAAACAAAACAGAA